CGCCCUCAAAGGUAAAGUUAGGAUUAAACGUGUUUCUGUGAGUUUCCCGAGUUUCCUAUACAUUUGUGUAUGUUGUGUAUCGAGAAAAAUGUAAAGUGUAAACAAAAGUUAAAAGUUAACUAUAUGAAAGUAAUAAUUAUUAAAUAGUUAUAAAUCAUUAGAAAUUCAAUUAGAAAACAAUGACAGAACAAAUAUUUCCCCGUAUCAAGGCGUACAUGAUUUCACAGUCAUUUUUAGUCAAUGAUUCUUGGCUAAGAGAAUGCAUUGAAUAUUUUUUCAGUCAAAAUCAACAGGUGAAUUAUAAUGGUGUUCAACAAUUUGUGAAAGAACAAUUUUUUCUCAACGAUUUACGAGAAAUUAACAAUAUUAAUGGUUGUUUACCAGCGAAUCUGUCUCAAAAACAGAAAAUAACUUUAGACAGUAAAUAUACGCUUCAGCUGCUAAAGUUAUAUGACAUAUCAGUAUCAAAAUAUAAACAAUUGGAGAAACUGAGGAACGUCUCCAAUGUUAAUAUCGAAGCUACAAAUGAAAAUAAUACACAACAAUGGGAACCCGUUGGAAAAAGAAUGUUGCAAUUAUUUUUAACUGAUGGUAUUCAGGAAAUACUUGCUAUUGAAUAUAAGCCAAUUAGAAUUUUAAAUGAUUCGCUAUUGCCAGGUUUGAAGGUAAUGAUAAUGGGUCCCGUAAUAUGCAGAAAGGGCGUCAUUUUAUUGGAAGAGACAAAUAUUGCAAUUCGCGAAGGCGAAGUCUCUGAUCUUCUUGUUCCAAAUGCUUUGGAAAAUGUCUUGGCAAAUGCAUUAAAUUUACCGUUGAACGAUGAUCCCUACAAUGACAGUAAAAAGAAAGAAGUAGCGACAACAAUUCCAAUGGAUUUUGCCGAUGAUUUUAAUAUUGAUUUCGAUGAAAUUGGACGCUCUGUGGAAAUGGCGGUGUCAAGAGUUGAAAAUAAUUCAAAUAAAAAUUCAUCUUCAUCGUCGACAUUAUCGAGAAUUGAAAAUAAUUCCAAUAAAAAUUCAUCAUCAUCAUCAUCAUCAUCGACAUUAUCGAGAAUUGAAAAUAAUUCCAAUAGAAAUUCAUCAUCAUCAUCAUCAUCAUCGACAUUAUCAAGAAUUGAGAAUAAUUCAAAUAAGCCAUCAUCACUACCGCCGCCGCCACCAGCAAUUAAUCAAAAUCAAAAUAUUUGCGAAUUUCCCGAUGAUGAUGAUUUAAUGUUUGAGGACUUUGAAAUAGACGAGGGUAUUUCGUCCAACAGUGAGGUAAAUACAAAUAAAACAUCAACGGCUCCUUCUACUUCCGAGUUUAAAUCUUCGACUUCGAAUUCCAUAAAUUUUCCGGACGAUGAUUUUGAUUUGAAUGAUGUGGACUUUGAUGCAGGUUUCACGUGGACAGAACCAGCACAAGUUGAUAAGAAAAAAUCUACAAAUACGAAUACGAAUUCGAAAAAAGAGACAGUAAAUUUUGAACAAGGCCAAAGAUCUGAAGAUAAUAUUUCGAAACAAAUUGUUACAAAUUGCAGUGAAAAAAAACAAAUUGUUACAGGAAGCAAGAGGUCGUCUGCUGAAUUAUCGCCUGUGAAUACAGCGGCAAAAAUACAUUGUUUACAAAGUGUUACUCCAAUGCAAAAACCAACGUCCAAUCGAAAAAUCACCGAUUUCAUAGGCGGCAAUAAUAAUAAAAAAAAACAUGACGAAUGUCCGUCAAAAGUUUGUGAUUUUAUCAGCGAAAUAUUGUCAGUGAAUUUAACGAAUAAUCCAAUUCGAAAAUCAGUAAAGGCCAAAGUCACUGCAAUUGGAAAAAUCACUAAAAAAGAUGAGAUGUGGAUUUUAAAUGGAACUAUACUUGAUCAAACGGGAAAAUUGAAUGUCGAUUUUUCAUCGCAGUUCAUGGAAAAUCUCUUGGGACUGAGUGUCAGUGAAUUUAAUCAAAUGAAAAAGAAGAGCAAAACGGAUCCUAAAUUACUUGAAUCAAUGAAAACGCUUUUACUCGAAGGUCAGAAGAAAUUGGGAGAAUUAAAUAGUCUAAUCGAAUUGGAAUUGAAGAAAGACGCUAAACCAAUAGUUUUAAGUUCCAAAGAAUUAAGCGAGAAUCAAAUAAUUGCCCACAAUAAGCGAUUUAAAUUUCUAUAA